CGAUGUCAAAUAUCGUCUUUGGAGCGUGACUUGUGCGGGUGACGAACUUGGGUGAUGAACUUGGCACUGGAGAAAUGCUUGCAAUCAGCAAAAUCAAGCGACGAUGCCAUGUGCAGACGACUAUGGUGUGAGGUCAUGGGUCAGCUUAUAAGCCAAGGGGCCAAGCAAGAGCAGAGCCAAAGAGAAAGCAGCUGCCAAGAUGAAGCCAUCCACUCCAGUCGCAGCCAUUCCGCUAAUGACGAUAGUGGUCGCUGUCCUGCUGCAGACGCACUGCGUCCGUGGCCAGACCCAGGCUUUCGAUCUCGCCAAGCUGCUGCCCAAGACCGGAACGGAGCCCAUCUGGGCGGUAAUCGAUCGCAACUUGCCGCAGGUGCAGGAGCUGGUCACCGCGGCCAGGAUGGAGUGCAUCCAGAAGCUGCAGCUGCCCAGGGACCAGCGACCGCUGGGGAAGGUGACCAAUCCAAGUGAGAAGGAGAAGUGCCUGGUGGAGUGCGUGCUCAAGAAGAUCAAGUUGAUGGACGCCGACAACAAGCUGAACGUUGGCCAGGUGGAGAAGCUGACCAGCCUGGUGACCCAGGACAACAAGAUGGCCAUCGCCGUUAGCUCCAGCAUGGCGCAGGCCUGCAGCCGCGGCAUCUCCUCGAAGAACCCCUGCGAGGUGGCCCACCUCUUCAACCAGUGCAUCAGUCGCCAGCUGGAGCGCAACAACGUAAAGCUGGUCUGGUAGAGGACAUCUCCGCGCCAUGGACACCACCACCAACUACCACUUGAGAUCUUAACUACGAGUAGAAAGAAGGUGUCUCGCAUAUUUUGGCCAUAAUCUUAGCUACAAUGAUUUCUCAGAUAAUUUUAACCGAAAAUGCACAAUCUAUUAGGCAAUAUAAUUAUAUAUUAAAUACUAGUUAUACGAUUUUCUAGUACUAGAUCAAGUUUUAGUUGCUCACUCGCAAUUGAUUUGAAUAAAUCUAUAUAUACAGU